CGAGUGAGACAGAAUGAAUUUAGUGUCAUCAAAGAUAGAAUUAAAUGAUUGAUUAACGUUCUUACGCUGGUUCUACACCUAUCUUAAAGCUUACAGCUCUGGAAUUGUUGAACAGCAGCGAGAAACACUCUUAAGCUUAACAACUAUUUUUAACAUCAUCUCCCAUGGGUAUUCAUCAAACACCACUUCGAUCUCAGGCUCUACUGGAAGGUAGUGAAAUUUGAGGAUCAGGAAAGCAAGUGCUCUCUUUCCUGCUCCUCAGUUGUUCAAACUGCAGGAACAAGUUAUCAUCUGUUGCUCUCAAUCUAUACAUCUUCUCUAUUCAUCGCGAGAACCCAGUUUUUCUUUAUUUGAUUGCUGGAAUGGCAAGUGAAAUGGAGGUGAACAAUGCUAUCGUAUUUGUUAUAAUCCGUAUGGGUACUACAACUGCAUAUUGAAGUCCAGCGUUCAUAUACACACAUCUACCCAGCAUAUCACACCGAAGCUCGAUUAUAAUGGAUUUUGCUUUGAUGGACCGAUGCGGUAGAUUAGUCGCACGCAAUGCACCUUUCCACGCCCCGAAAACAGCCUCUACUCAUUCAAUCUCACUUCAGGGAAGAGCGCAAAUGUUCUAUCCUCUUCCAGCGAACAUUGACAAAUAUGUUCGAACUAAAUCGGUGGAGUCCACGAUGCUUAGGGAUAACCAAGCUUUUUGUGCUAACUCUCAAAUAGGAGCAACGGAAAUUACGUUUCCCGAAUACAGGCCACUCAUGACAACACUGCUACCAAGCGAAUCAAAUGUUGGGACCGGCACCGAGUUGACGGAUCUUGAAGUUUUCUUUUCUUUGGCACCAAAGAAUGGAAUCCUUCCUAAGACUUCAAAUGCAAUGGUAGAGUUUAUUUGCGACUACGCGAAUCGUUGGCAUUCUGCUCUUCCAUCCGAAGAUAUAGACGGGAUGACACCUAAUAGACACCUGCCGGGAACCGUUCCUAUGUUUGCCUAUUUACCCUCUCACUUUGAAGAAACUAUGAGAAAAGGACCAAAACAUGCUGCCGCAGAACUGGUUAAGAAGUUCUCGCGAGAAGCAUUUUGGCAGCUACGCUACCUUUUCAUCAUCGUUCAAUCUGGCACAAAUCUGAUUCAGCAAUCUGGACACGUAGCCGUCUGUGCCAUCUCUCCAGAAGCCAAAACUAUUGAUUACCUCUGUAGCAGUGACGAUGACGGUUUAAUACGCGGUGGAGGUGCUCAGUGUGUCGAAACCUUCAUUAGUCUUCUCGCAGCAUAUCUUGGGAGCCAAGCACCGCUGGCUCAAAGAUUUAAUCCAUGCGAUUGGAAACUGCGCACUGGGAGGAGCGACGUGCAAGAAGAAGGCAGUGUAGACUGUGGCCUGUAUAUGAUAUCCAAUAUCAUGUGUCUUGCCUUCGGGUGGGAUUUGUGCUACGGUCAAAGACGCGGGCACGAAAUGAUGAACCGUCGAAUUCGUCUCGUCACCGAUCUUCUAUAUGGUGGUUUCAGAGGGUAUGAUGAUACUGAAAACGCACAUAACGCAUUUUACUAUCCUUUAAAUGACAUCAAGCCCUCCAACGCAGUGUCUGAAAACUUCCUUCCGAUACUCCAGUACCCCGGGCUUCUGAUCCGUAUAAUUAUCACAUCAGCUGUCCGCAAUCGCUCACCAGUGUAUUAUGGCUGUCCUGACAAAAAGACAUUGUAUGAGCAUUGUGCUCGAAACGCACGAUUCUAUCCUAAAUUUGACACACAAAAUGUCAGUGGAUCGGAAAUCUCGUUUGCCAAGUUUUUGUCCUGGGUGGAGCGUUAUGAUCUGGCGAGGGAAAGGAAAGUGCCGCCGUUUCCAAAACCCUACUUGGAGGAUGGUUCCAGUGGCAACCGUGAUUGGAUCCCACCAAACGUGACUGAUGCACACAGGCCACUUUGGUGAGUGAUGUGUAUACCGUUUGAGAUAAGACGUAAGUAGGCGCGUUACCUUGCACAAUGUGAGUUCAAUGAAUUUAAGCUCAUUUCAGUUCGUUAUCAUCCAAUAUUUUCUUUCAAUCAAUGUAAGUUUUCCUCAAUUCAAAAACUUUAAAUUCUCUGAUUUACCAAUAGAAACCCAUUUGUGACCUUUUAUGUUUUUAUUCUAUACUUGUAAGAUUGUGAAAUAAUUCACCAGUUUCAAAUUUUCUGGAAUCCAUUGGAUAUAUCAGCACACCGAACAUCAUCUGUGGACUCUGACCUGUGGUAUCACAAUUGUGGACUAUAUGAUUCCAUCUCUAUCAUGAAUCCGAUUCUUUGUUGGCGUUGUUUCCUUUAUGUUUGUCACCUGAAGAAAAAAGGGUGUUUUCUCAACCGGAUAAAACAAAAAUUAUCUUGUGUUGUUAUUUCAAUUAAUUUCAUGAAUCUAUUUCUAUUGAAUGACUUAUAAAAUUUCCUUGCUGGCUUUUCUUUUUUCUUUUUUACAUUAGUAUAGAAGCUAAAGUGCAUUACAGUUCUUAGAUUAGAUGACAGUGUACAAUGCAAUGGUUAGUUCACACUCUAUAUCGCUUAUACAAUUCAAUAAAUACCUGCUUUCCAUUGUCCCAUAUUCCCACCAAGCGUGUUUAUAUCAAGUCCCUACUGCCCUGUUUAGAAUCUCUCGGAACUCACCUCAAAACUCUAAAUGCAGAGAUUUUUCUUAGACAAGCUAGUCUUGUCUUCAAUGCUUCUGAUGGGAUAUCUUUAAGCCGAUGUAGGAUUGACUACUACAUAUUUUUUCUACUUACUACUAAUUUAGUAGUACACUAACACCAGACUAAAACCACGACUAGUUCCUAUUCUCGAAUCACGUCUUAUUCUCACAACCAAGACCAAUGAAAACUCAUCAAAGAAUCUUGUUGCAUAUCUAAAGGCUUGGAGUUGCAGACCUGAUCCCUGUGCUGCUUUGGAAUAAGUAAUUUAGUAGAUCUGUACAUUAUUAGCUAAGGUAGUGUUUGGUAAGUGAAUCGAAA